GCAAUCCUGGCUCCUGGCAAGUCCCCGGGCUGCUUGGUCAAUGCAGCCCUGUGUGCCAGCCUGGCAGCCCUGCCGCCCCCACCCUCGGCCCCCAUUGGCUGUCACAGCCUGCAGUGGGCUGCACCUGGGUUCAUCCGUCCUCCCUGGGCAGAGGGGAUAAGAGGUUGCCCCUGUGCACCAGUCCUGCCCUCCAGGACCGGCAGCAGAGACGAGGCCUGCAGCAAGGAGACAAGGAAGGGUGAGACGCGGAAGAGUCACCGUCUCACCAGCUUGCAGUUCAUGCUUUGCUCACCUGCACUCGACCACCUCAUCUUGGAGCUUUACAAGGACAGAGAGGGACCCUGCGGGAAGCAGAAAUUAAUCCCUGAAUUCCCUUUCUGCUCUGCCUCUGUAUUUUUGCUGAAGUUUUCCCAUUCACCCAACCCAACCAGAAGCCAGAGGGCAUGGGAAGAUAUCCCUGUGGCUCAGAGGGACAGAGAAGGCAGGCCCACAUGUGUCUAAGAGGCAGGUGGGAGGACUGUGAUGAAAGCACAAAUUUCCUGAAUGCCCUUCCAGGCGUUGCCUGCUGCUCUGAGCUUGAAAAGAAUGCAAGGCCAGCCCAUCCCCCUUGUCUGGGUUGAGGUCUGUGUCGAUAACACACGAAAUGCUUACGAUGAGGUAUAGAUGAGAAGGCAUCUUUCCUUUGUGAGCCCCUAGGAUGUCUGAGCUGGAGAAGGCCAUGGUGGCCCUCAUCGACGUUUUCCACCAGUAUUCCGGAAGGGAGGGAGACAAGCACAAGCUGAAGAAAUCCGAACUGAAGGAGCUCAUCAACCAUGAGCUUUCCCAUUUCCUAGAGGAAAUCAAAGAGCAGGAGGUUGUGGACAAAGUUAUGGAAACUCUGGACAAUGAUGGAGACGGCGAAUGUGACUUCCAGGAAUUUAUGGCCUUUGUUGCCAUGGUUACCACUGCUUGCCACGAGUUCUUUGAACAUGAGUGAGAUUAGAAAGCAGCCAAGCCGUUCCUGUAACAGAGAUGGUCACAGAAGAAAGCAGACAGCAAGGGUUUGCAGCCUCUAGGAGCUGAGCUUUCCAGCAGUGUUGUAGCUAAUUAGGAAGCUUGAUUUGCUUUGUGAAUGAAAAAUUGAAAACCUCUUUCCAAAGGCUGUUUUAACAGCCUGCAUCAUUAUUUCUGCUAUAUUAGGCCUGUGUGUAAGCUGACUGGCCCCAUGGACUCUUAACAGUCACUUAGGAGUCAGUUCUCAGUGACAAAGCACGCACGGUGUAGCCCGCCAUGGCUGUGUAGACCCUAACCUGGAGGGAACCCUGACUACAGAAAUUGUCCUGGGGGCACCCUUGAGGCUUCCACCACCUUUAAAAAACAAAGCCUUAUCCAACAUCAUUUGAAAA